GAUGCACGCGCGCGGCCCCGCGCUGCAAAUUUCCACCGGGGAGGGAGAGUGGCUGGAUGCGGAGAGUUUGGAGUUGCUUGCGGCGGAGGGCAGGAAGGGGAGCAGGGCCGGGAAGGGGGUUGGCGGGCGCUAUCUCUGGGAGUAAGUUUCCAGGAUCGGGAGAGCCUGCACGCUUGCUCGCUACUCUGCUUCUCCCCCAUCUCACCCCCCAAGCGGAGACUGGUCUUCUUGUCGGAUUGCCCAUGCACUUGUUGCAGAAACAGCCAAGGCCCUGGCUCCGGAGGAUGCUGAAGGAGGAAGACACGAAAGCAGGACGACCCUGAAAGACUGAGCCUCUUAAUCCCAAAACAGAACCAGGUCUCCUCUUCCCACCUGCCCAGCAGCAUGAGAGCAGCAUGACCGGCCAGCUGCAGGAGGAGCCCCCAGAGCCAGGCCCCCAACUCGACCAUCUGCUGCGGAGGGCGAGGUGUGAGCGGCAUCUCUUCACCACGGUGGUGUUUGGUCCGUACCGAAGCCCGGGUGGGGAUGUGAAAGCCCCCACUCUGCACAUGAGCGGUGCAGGUCAACAGGAACACCUGGCUCCAGCCACGGUCGCAGACAUGUCAGCCGUGGAGUAGUGUGGACGCUUUCUCGCACCUUCUCAGGGUUUCCGUCCUUCUGGGUUUGUUUCACUGACCUUCUUUUAUGGUUUUGUGGCUGGACGUUCACCACCAAGGCCGGCACCAUGGGGGAUCAGCAGCUGUACAAGACCAACCACGUGGCCCACAGCAGUGAGAACCUUUUCUACCAACAGCCACCACUCGGCGUCCACGGCGGGCUGAACCACAACUAUGGGAAUACAGUCACGGGGGCCGGCAUGGAUGCCCCUCAGGCCUCACCCAUUUCCCCCCACUUCCCUCAAGAUACUCGGGAUGGUCUAGGCUUGCCUGUUGGCUCCAAAAACCUUGGCCAAGUGGAUACCUCGAGGCAGGGAGGGUGGGGUGGCCACGCAGGGCCUGGAAACCACGUCCAGCUCCGUGGCAACCUGACCAACUCAAACAUGAUGUGGGGGGCGCCAGCCCAGGCUGAGCCCUCCGAAGGCUACCAGUACACCUACUCCCAGGCCAGCGAGAUCCGGACCCAGAAGCUCACCAGCGGUGUCCUGCACAAGCUAGACUCUUUCACCCAGGUGUUUGCCAACCAAAACCUGCGGAUCCAGGUCAACAAUAUGGCCCAGGUGCUGCACACCCAGUCAGCAGUGAUGGAUGGAACCCCUGACAGUGCCCUCCGCCAGCUGCUGUCCCAGAAGCCCAUGGAGCCCCCAGCGCCGUCUGUCCCUUCCCGCUACCAGCAGAUGCCCCAGCAGCCUCACCCAGGUUUCACUGGCGGGCUGUCCAAACCAGCUCUCCAGGUCGGGCAGCUCCCUAGCCAAGGGCACCUGUACUAUGACUACCAGCAGCCACUGGCUCAGAUGCCAGUGCAGGGAGGACAGCCGCUGCAGGGCCCACAGAUGCUGUCCCAGCACAUGCAACAGAUGCAGCAGCACCAGUAUUACCCGCAGCAGCAACAGCAGCAAGCUGGGCAGCAGCGUAUGUCCAUGCAAGAAAUGCAGCCGCAGCAGCCGACUCGCCCGUCACAGCUCCAGCCGCAGCCACAGCAGCAGCUGCAGCAGCGGCAGGGUUCCAUGCAGAUACCUCAGUAUUAUCAGUCCCCACCCAUGAUGCAGCACUUGCAAGAGCAGCAGCAGCAACAGAUGCACCUGCAGCCCCCUUCCUAUCACAGGGACUCCCACCAGUACACCCCGGAGCAGGCACACGCGGUGCAGCUGAUUCAGUUGGGCUCCAUGCCCCAGUACUACUACCAGGAGCCCCAGCAACCCUACAGCCACCCCCUCUACCAGCAGAGCCACCUGUCCCAGCACCAGCAGCGUGAGGACAGUCAGCCCAAGACUUACCCAGGCGAGAGGCAGGCCCAGGCCAUGCUGAGCUCCCAUGGGGACCUGGGGGCGUCUGAUACAGGAAUGGGAGACCCAGCCAGCUUGGACCUGAACCGGGUUAGCGGCGCCCUCCCGCAUCGGCCGCUCUUGUCCCCCAGUGCGAUCCACCUCAACAACGUGGGGCCUCAGCACCAGCAGCUGUCUCCCGGCGCCAUGUGGCCCCAGAUGCACCUACCGGAUGGCAGAGCCCAGCCAGGGUCCCCUGAGUCAAGCGGCCAACCGAAAGCAGUGUUUGGAGAACAGAUGGAUGCCAAGAGCAAGCUGACGUGCUCCAUCUGCCUGAAGGAGUUCAAGAGCCUGCCUGCCCUGAAUGGCCACAUGCGGUCCCACGGGGGCAUGAGGGCCUCCCCCAGCCUCAAACAGGAGGAAGGAGAGAAGGCCCCGCCACCGCAGCCCCAGCCACUGCCGCCUCCACUGCCACCGCAGCUCCCUCCUGAGGCAGAAAGCCUCACGCCUAUGGUCAUGCCCGUGUCUGUCCCUGUCAAGCUUCUCGUGCCCAAGCCCAGCUCUCAGGGCUUCGCCAACAGCGUCGUUGCCGCCCCCUCCGCCAGAGACAAGCCAGCCAGCUCGAUGUCGGACGACGAGAUGCCCGUGCUCGUGAGGAUGACCCUCUCUCCCCCACACUCACCCCCAGGGGCUGUCCCCUGCACGCCUGCUGACGCGCCCAGGAAGCCCCCGCCCGGGGUCGCCAAGGCCGAGCAGCCCGCGCCGCUGGCGCCCGCACCCGCACCCGCGCCGGCCCCCGCGCCCGCGCCCGCACCCGCACCCGCACCCGAGAGGAAGAAGUUCCGGCACCGCCCGCAGCCGCUCUUCAUCCCGCCGCCCUCCCUCCACCCCGGCCCCGCCUCCCACUCGGGCGCCACCCUCUACCAGAGCCAGCUGCGCUCCCCGCGCGUCCUGGGGGACCACCUGCUCCUGGACCCCGCCCACGAGCUGCCCCCCUACACGCCCCCGCCCAUGCUGAGCCCGGUGCGCCAGGGCUCGGGCCUCUUCAGCAAUGUCCUCAUCGCGGGGCACCCCGGCGCCCACGCCCAGCUGCCCCUCACGCCCCUGACGCCCACGCCGCGCGUGCUGCUGUGUCGCUCCAACAGCAUCGAUGGCAGCAAUGUGACAGUCACCCCCGGGCCCGGAGAGCAGACCGUUGAUGUUGAACCGCGCAUCAACAUUGGCUUGAGAUUCCAAGCAGAGAUCCCAGAUCUGCAGGAUGUCUCUGCCGUGGCCCAGGACACACACAAGGCCACAUUGGUCUGGAAGCCCUGGCCAGAGCUGGAAAACCACGACUUCCAGCAAAGAGUGGAGAAUCUCCUGAAUUUGUGCUGUUCAAGUGCGUUGCCAGGUGGAGGGACCAAUUCUGAAUUUGCUUUGCACUGUCUCUUUGAGGCCAAAGGUGAUGUGAUGGCUGCUCUGGAAACGCUGCUGCUGCGGAAGCCGGUCAGGCUAAAAUGUCACCCUUUAGCCAAUUACCACUAUGCCGGUUCGGACAAGUGGACCUCCCUAGAAAGAAAACUGUUUAACAAAGCACUAGCCACUUACAGCAAAGACUUUAUUGUUGUACAGAAGAUGGUGAAGUCUAAGACGGUGGCUCAGUGCGUGGAGUACUACUACACGUGGAAGAAAAUCAUGCGCUUGGGUCGGAAGCACCGCACACGCCUCGCGGAGCUCGCGGAUGACUGUAUGACAAGUGAAGAAGAAGAAGAAUUGGAGGAGGAGGAGGAGGACCAGGAAGAAGAUAGGAAAUCCACAAGAGAAGAAGAGAGUGAAGUGCCCAAGUCCCCGGAGCCGCAGCCAGGCCCUGUCCUGGCUCCCGCGGAAGGGCCGCCCCUGCAGGCCCUCGGCCAGCCCGCAGGCUCCUUCAUCUGUGAAAUGCCCAACUGUGGGGCUGACUGUAGAUGUCAUGUCACUCCCUUUCUUCCCCAGGUGUUCAGCUCCCGACAGGCACUGAACGGCCACGCCCGCAUCCACGGUGGCACCAACCAGGUGACCAAAGCUCGGGGCGCUGUCCCCUCUGGGAAGCAGAAGCCGGGCAGUACCCAGAGCGGGUACUGCUCGGUGAAGAGCUCGCCCUCUCAUAGCACCACCAGUGGCGAGACCGACCCCACCACCGUCUUCCCCUGCAAGGAGUGCGGCAAAGUCUUCUUCAAGAUCAAAAGCCGAAACGCACACAUGAAAACGCACAGGCAGCAGGAGGAACAGCAGAGGCAAAAGGCUCAGAAGGCGGCUUUUGCGGCGGAAAUGGCAGCCACAAUCGAGAGGACUACGGGGCCGGUGGGGGCGCCGCGGCUGCUGCCCCUGGACCAGCUGAGUCUGCUCAAACCCAUCAAGGACGUGGACAUUCUCGACGACGACGUUGUCCAGCAGCUGGGAGGUGUAAUGGAAGAGGCCGAGGCCGUGGACACCGAUCUCCUCUUGGAUGAUCAAGACCCCGUUUUGCUUCAGGGGGACACGGAACUGUAAAGGCCUGCUUGUCACUCAAAGACGGCGAAGCUCGCGGCCUCCUCCGUCUUCACGCAUCAGGAAGCCUGGACUGCCUGCUUGUUCUGUAACCAUUUUAAACUACCUGUUUAAAAAAUGGUCGUUUUAUUCAGGUUUAGAAGAAAAAAAAUCCAGUUUCUUUUCCUUUUAUUUAAAUUUGUUUUCUUGUGGGAGGUUGGGGGGAAUAAAUAAUUGGCACAACUCUCUGUAAGAGGUGUUUCGUCUGGGCUGCAUUCCCGUGAACUCACUCCCGGCAGGGGGUGAGCCUGACAUUGAUGUUCUUUUGCUUUCAGAUGUCAACCCUCCCGACUGCCUUUUGUCCCAAAGCUUGCGGUGCGUGUGCGUGUGCGUGUGUCCGUGUGAAGCAGGCUGCCCUCCUCUUGUUGGGGACUUGGGCCAUCCUUUCCCACCGAGAGUUAUUUUGGUUCUGCUCUGACCUCACUCUGUAGCACCGUGAACUUGGCGUCUUCGCCGGGAGACUGUGCUCGCGGGCAGCUUUCCAGAGAGCUAAGGAAGCCCUCGUGCCACACUUGGCUCUGCACACAGGUCCUUUGAAGAGUUGGCCAAUGGGAGAAUAAGUUUGCUCGCUGCCUUGCCUGUCACCUGGCCUGUUCCUAGGAACUGAUUACUGCACGGUUUCAGGCUCACGCUCCCCCGAGGGGAGUCACUGAAGACCUGGUCCAUGGAGCAGUGUGGCGGCCUCUUCCGUUCUCACCGUGGGUGGGCAGAGCUGUGUUUCAGCGAGCGUGCACUCGAGGUCCAUCUGGAAGAAAAUAACCCCAACUAUUUAGUUGCCGGGGCUGUUUGUAGGGAGGGUGGUUGAGAGGCACACAUUGAAGUCCCCGGAAGGGCAAGAAGUGUUCUUUUGCCCCAAAACUAGAUGGGAAGAGCCCGUUCUGUUUUGCCACACUGCUAGUGGCCAGUGGAGUUCUGAGGCGACUCUGUGCCAUUCCGAAGCGCUGUGAAACCUCACUCACUUGGGACUUUGCUGUAAUUCAUCUGUGCUGGACCGAAGUUUAUCUUGAUGCUAACCAUGAAGAAAAGGGUUUUCUAAGAAAUUUGAUAGCAAAUUCAAGGGCUGUAGCACUAAAGGCCAACAAAAAUGGUUUCACAUACCACUUUAGCUACAAUGUGUGCAUUCAAACAAUGAAUGUAUUCGUUAGUCAUUUACCAAAGCACUUCUACAAUCUUCCAAGCCACAUAACUCUGCCUCCUCCUGUCCCUGUCAUCAGGGUUUCUGUUUGUACUUGAAGGUAAUAAACCUGUAAUCCUUCAAAAAUGCCAUGUAGCUCAGGCUUUGAGCUGAGUCAGACGGACCUGUCCCACUGUUCCGGCAAACGAGCAGCGCGCCUUCAGACGGGACAAGGCCCGGCACAGAGAGGACCGCUCUGGUGGGGGGGCCCCCUGGAAUGUGUGACUCCCGCCCCAGGUAGGCUAGUUCCCCAGCUCCUGUGGGCGUGGCCAUCAUGCCGGCCGCUCUGCUGGCAUGUUAAUAGCUUAACAUUAGAGGCAGUAUCAGCGGAAGCGAGGAUAAGUUUGUCUCUGCAGAAGCAUUUAGCACAUAUUCAUGGCCCUCGGCGGCCCCACCCAGGCAGUGUUCUCUGAAUCUCAGGAAAGCCAAGGGCAGAAGAUAAAUACAAAGGUUCUUUUCAUUUCAAUCGUUCUGUUUUCUGAAAAGAGAUCUUGGAAGUUUCUUUUUCUUUAGGGGAAAACGAGGUGUUUUAUUUGCUGCCAUUUCAGACAGGUCAUUCUCGUAUGUUCUGAGCCCAGACCUGCCUGGGCACUGCAUCACCUUCACGGCAGAGCUGUCUCAGAACCAUCCCAGGGCAACACUGGCCCAUGGCCCCUGUCCCAGUGACCACUCCCCUCUGCUUGCGGAUGUCUGAGAGUGAUUCUGGAAAGGUUCUGCUAUUGGGAUGUAUGAAAGCUUAUCUAACAAAGGAGCCAACACCCAGAAAAAUGUUUAUAAAGCAAACGUAUUCGUUAUGUUUGGAGACUUGCCCAGCCGUUCCAGUUUUAAACAUGAAAAAUAAACUUGAGUUGCCAAGGCAAAAAAUAUAAUGCACAAUAUAACUUUGAUUUUCCAUGCAGUAUAGUGUAAGCAUUUUUUGACUUGAAAUAACCAAAGAACUCCUCCUUAAUGAGACAGUUCAAAUUCCUGAAUUAGUAUUUUUGGACAAUAUCAACUUAAAAAGAAUUGACUUCAUAGUAGAACAUUGUGCUUUUUUUUUUUUUCUGAAACGAUUCUGCCUGCAUGUAUGUGUUGUGUUUUAGCUUCCCAGCCUUCCCCACCCCAGAGAACUUCUCUUCCUGAAGGUCAAAGUCUUCAACAUGGUUACUGUUUACUAUCAGAUGGUUUUUCAUUAGUGAAUUUAGAUCUCUUUGAGAAAGCUUGUAUAUAAAAAGUUAACAGAUAUAUUUUAUGGAAAAACCCAUCUUAUUUUCAAAUAUAUUUAACUGCUGUUAUAUUUUAUUAGAGGAAGGUUGUAAAUAUUUUCUAGGAGUUCUAUUGUAAAGAAAAGUAUUUUUGAAAAAAAUUAAUGUAAUAAAAACGAAAACAUUUUUAAAUAGUGGUUGUGAUUGCUUCCUGUUCUGGCUUUGUUAUGUUCUAUUCUCAGCAGAUGACUUGCAUGCCUUCCCAUUUCAGGAUGUAAUUUAUUCAGGUUUGCACUAUAAGUUGACAUCAUAAUAUCUAGUGUGCUUAACUGUAUUUUCCCCCGGAAUGCAGGUCCCUUGGUCCAUAUCAAGAGCACUAUGUAUAGCAUAUUCAUAAUUUUUCUUUUGUAAUGUGUGUAUUUUUAAUAAGGAUUUUAUGUAACAUUUUGGCAAAAAAAGGACAGUAUUUUCUAGUGAUUUUAUAAUACAUUUUGCUAAAAAUGUUUCUUCCUAGGUCAGUUUUUGUUAAAAGGCGAACCAAAAGUCUUAUUUUACCAGGGGUUUAAAAAAAAAAAAAAAAAGUUUGAAGCUUGAAAGCAAAGUUAUAUUUAAACAUCACAUGUAACAAAAAAAUAAAGAUGUUUUAUAGACUUGUCCUAAAAAGGUGCAUUCCUUUAAAACAAAAGCAUCUGGGCAUUCCAUGCUGGUUUCCCCCCAAGCGAUAGCAUUUUCUUUAAAUUAUCACAAUAUUUAUUUUCAGAAAGAGAGCCAGGAGAACGCCACUGCACAGGUUCCGGCCAGGAGCCGCAGAAACGUUCUUCAGCUAGCGAUGUAAGCGGAUAGCCACUGUCUUAUUUAUUUGUGAAAACCUGACUCGAUAUAUUGC